AUGCCGCCAGCCGUGAGUCAAGUGUCACACAGUCAAGAUUCGAUUCAAAAUAUCUCGCGACGGAUUUCGAACGGAGACGCCGUACACGACACGGUUUUCAAUCACUUUUUUGUUUUGAAGCUUACUUUUUUAUUACAGAAAUGGACACAAACUUUUCCUGCCUCUGUCGGCGAUGAGGUCAAUUCCCAUAGAUUCAUCGUUCGAGCGGUUUUUCUCGCGUUUUCCUCCAUUUUGCGGUACAGAAAAAUUUUACCAGAGGAUUGCUUCCGAACUAACUAUAUAACAGGUGGUUCAAUUUUUAUUUUCAUAAUUUUCAUUGCUUUGAUUCUUUUUAGAAAGUGUUAAAGUCAAAUCGCUUGACUAUAAAAACGGGUUGGGAGGACGAGUCGCUGCGAAAAUCCGCGGAGCGAGUGAGGCGAUCAAAGUAAGAUGAACUAAAAAAAAACAAUCGAAAUUACUUUUUUGCAGGCUGGAUACCUUGACGAGUUUUCACUUGUGAUUUACUUGGACGAAGAGAAUGACGACGACGCCGCGGAAGUUUUCACCUGGAAAAUGUUCUACGAUGAUGGGAUUCCAUACGCGGAGUUGUCAAGGUUUUUUAAAUUUUACCAUUGGUGAAAGAAACAGAUAUUUUUAGUGGAAAUGUUGGGGGAACUUCCCUACAGCGUCUCGCUUCACUGAAAUUCGAAGGGUCUCAAAAAGUCUGUCAUCAAUUUGUGUUGAUGAUCCGUUCUAUUGUGUUAAUGUGCGCCAAAAUCCUGAAACCGUUGCCUGAAAAGGCUAUGGCCAGUUUCCGUAUCAAAUAUCGCGAUCGUAAGUUUGGAAAUUAUCACGAAAAUCUGCAGUUUGAAGUAAUCCAAUUUUGAUUUAAUUAUAAACCACAAAGUGAAAAGUCAUCUUAAAAAAAACAUGCAAACUCGGAUUUUGAAUCGAUUUCGGUUAUUAUACUUUGAAUCAAAAAUUUUUUUCCCACAAACACAAGUACUAAAUAAAAUUUGAAAGAGUCUGGAAAAAAAGUAUUGAUUUUUUUAAGAUACACCCGGAGACUACAAAGCGGAUGGUUUUUUGGAUCAUCCAACCUAUUUUAAUGUGCCCGAGGGGAUCCAGUCGGCGACCGUUGGGAAUUUACGCCCCGGAUUUCAUGGGUGGGAAAAUUCGAACCAAAUCCUCACAAAUAUUAUUUCAUUCUUUAAGAUCCAUAUUGACCUGCUGCAGUUUGUUCAUGGAAGAUGGGUUUGCCGCCGAAUCGCAGCUCAAAAAAGCGAUUGAUAGCUACGCGGAAACCAACGGAUUCGGUGUUAACGAUACCUCCUAUCAAUCUUUCACGGCGACCAACGAAAUCAGCGGAAUGGACACUCCUCCGGUUGGUUGAAAAAUUGAAAAAAGGAAAAAUAUUGUUUGCUUUUCAGUUGAUCGAGAAGCCAAGAACAGCUGAAGAAGAUGAGCCGGUGAGUAUUUUAAAGCUCACGGCCGGUAAAAAUGAUCUUUUAUUACUAUCUUGGAGAGUUUUUUUUUUUUGAAUGUUCGACUGGCAAUCGUACAGGAUUUUUUUUUACGUUUGGAAAAUCAAAUCAAAGUUAGAACAGAAAAUUUUAAAGCAGCAUGUUUCCAAUUAGAUUUAUAAAAUGUUUUCCAGAGCGUUUUGCUUCAAAUUUUUUUCUUUAUAUCGAUUUUGUGCUGUCUGGACUUGAAUUCCAAAUUUUUUUAUCGAAAAAAUAUACGAAAACGAGACAAUUAUCCAAAAAACGAGGAAAACAUCAUAAAGCUCAUUUCUACCGCUUUCAAGAUCCUAAAUUUUAUUGUUAAGAUGGAAACGGAAUCGAUGGGAAGCCAUCCAUCAAAGAGAUCCAAGAAAAGUUCCGAGCCCCCGGCUAAAACUCAACAACCAAAAAGGGCGACUCGUGCAAGAACUCAAACGGCGAAAAUUGAGAAAAAAGCCAAAAUUUCGCCGGUAUUUAAAAAUUAUUUUCGAAACGAAAUAUUCACCGUUUUAGAAGAAAAACCAGCGUCACUACGGUCGCGUCAGCUCUGUCCAAGUCGCCUCUCCUUAG